AUGCUCUUACCAUUAUUCGUCUUGACUGUAGGUAUAGUAAACUUGGCACUUGGACUGUGGUUGCUGAUCUCAACUCAAACCUUAUCUGUAGUUAGUAUUGUGUUGCUCAGUGUCGGAUCUGUUGCAUCGGUGAUACUUAGCAUCAUUUGUAUUGUUCGACCAAAAAGUUUCAUGCAGUGGCCUGGUUUUGCUAAAAAAUUGUGUAUCCGAAGGAAUUCGGCAGAUGCAUCUGCUAAUUAUGAAACAACAAAUACUCUCAACUCUGAAAAUGCUGAAAUUAUAUUAAAAAAUUUACGUGGAAUACCGUAUCUUAUACAGGCAAUACAAUACAGUAUGGAAACGACGUGUCAUUCUAAUAAAACCGAUAAUCCAGAUAGUCGUGUCUUAAGAACAGCUGUGAUUCACACAGCACCUGCGUGCCAUAGUGUUGUCGACCUUGAAAAAGAGGCUCAAGCAGCAGAAGCCACAUCUCGAUCGUUGGGUCUUGAGGAAUUAUGGACACCAGUGAAUUCAUCAUUGUGGAAAAAUGCCCAAUUAAACCUGUCAUUAAGUAGCGGAGAUUCAGAAUUUUCUGUUUUUCCUUAUUCAGAAACAGCAUCUCCGCGAAAGCCUCAAAAUCAUUACCAGUUUGAGGUAAAUGUUUACAAAUUAUUCAUAUACACACACACACACAGUAGUUGCUUUAGAUGCUAUCUUAGAAGAUCAAAUGUUUACAAGCAGUAAUA